AUGGACCCUUACACUCAAGAUGCUUACAGUCGGAUUCGGCUGUUCUUGACCGAUUUGAAUACUGUUUUAGGAUCUACCUUAUACGCGACUCCCUAUGAACCAGCUCAACAAUUGAAUCAAGUUAGAUUUCCGCAAAACUUUGCACUCCGUGGUCCUCAUCAACAGUUCUCGCCAAAACGAUCAACACGUCGCUCAAGAGCUUGGAAGAUGAAUCACCAACGGAACGAUCGGGAUCAGUUGGAGAAAGCUGCUCACCCUUUGCCACCAAUGCAUUCAGUCACUCAAUGCAAGCUCGGCGGCAAUGCCAAGGCAUAUACAUUCCGAUUUCCUCCAAAUCGACGACGAGCUAAUUUCUACAACCACCAGCAGCUAAACAGGCCCCUUGAUAUUUCUCAAAGUGCUUUUCAGCUUCAGCCGACACCUUUUCACUGUUCUGGCAAUCCCGAUAGCUUGGCCAAUGAGUGUCCUAACAUUUGUGAUAGUUUGAUUGACACAAAUCCUACCGAUCAUGAUGUUUUAGUUGAUGAUAAUCCCAGCAAUCACAAUGAUUUGAUCAAAGAAAAUUCUAGCGAUUUCGAUGAUUUGGACGACAAGGGUUCUGACCUUUCCAACGAAUACCCUGGCAGUCAAGCUGAUUAUGUUGAUGAUUUGCCUGAGCAAGAAACGGCCUCUGUGACACUUUCAGAUGGUCAUGAUCCUGAGGUUUUACCCGUGGCCAAACCGGAAAACAAAGCUCAGUUAACCGAACCCACUUUUAGCAUGGACAACUACAGCGCAAGAGACGUUGAUCGCUGGGCUAGGACUCUGUCGGCCGAUCAAUUUGAACAACUACGAAUCUUAGGACCUGCGAGCCGGAUUGAAUCUUUCCGGCAAUAUGCCAUCACCAACCUUGAUCAACCAACUCAGACUCUUACCCAGAAAACUUCGUCAACUCCUCAGUUAAAUCAAGAACCACUUUGUCACAUACCAAGUGAAGUAGCUGACAACCAAAAUCAAUAUGUUGACUCAACAUCCGAUGAUGCCAACAACCCUUUUCUCCAUUCACAUCAUGUCAAUCACCAACCAGAUCAAUCCACCCACUCUAGUUAUUAUGACCACUCCAACUACAACACCACUGAUCUUGAUGAGAAUCCAUAUAACACAGUAGUUUAUGAUGACAGUGUUUUUGAUGAUGAUGGUUAUGAUGGUGGAUUUGACAAUGGCGGAUUUGACGAUGGUGGUUUUGACGAUGGCGGAUUUGACAGUGGCGGAUUUGACGAUGGCGGAUUUGGCGAUGGCGGAUUUGACAAUGGCGGAUUUGACGAUGGCGGAUUUGAUGAUGCUUAUUAUUAG